AUGUCUGGCAAAGUUUUCCUUGCCAACUUGUUCCUUCUUUUGCUACUUGUUUCUGGUGGACACUCGGAUAUAAUCUUGCAUAUAAACAAUGAAUGCACAUUCACACUGUGGCUCGGUGCGAAUCCGUCCAUGGGUGACUUUAAUUCAGAGAAUGGACCAGGCACCCUGGAAAUAUUUUCCCUCUCUGAGCCAUGGAGUGGAAGCAUUUGGGCACGAACCAAAUGCGGCAUGAAUGCCUCCAAUCUCUUUUCUUGCGAGACAGGUGAUUGCAGUUCCGGCGAAAUUGUAUGCCAAGGUCUGCAACCCAAAUAUCCCGUCACCUUACUCAAUUUAAGUGUCAGUCAAUCAGUGGUCUCCUACGAGGUGAGUUUGAACCACGGCUUCAAUAUUCCGAUUCGGAUUCAACCAAUCGGUGGAUCUUUAGUGGAUGGUUCCGGACCAUGUCCCGUCGUGGACUGCAUUCAGGACUUGGGUAAUGUCUGUCCUGCUGAAUUGGUGGCUAAAAACCAAAAUGGGGCGUAUGUUGGUUGUUACAGUGCCUGUGAUUCGUUGAAGGAUCCAAAAUUUUGCUGCACCGGUUCGUUUACUGGACAAGCUUGCCAACCUAAUGACUAUUCUCAAAGAUUUAAACAACUUUGCAAUUUGGCUCACACCUACCCAACGGAUAAUGAUCCUCCCACUUACAGAUGUAGUGGGGCUGCUAAAUAUGAAAUAACUUUUUGUGCAUUCUAA